AUGUUAGGGCGAUUAUUUAAACAAAACAAUAACACAACACAACCACAUAACGCCCAUCAUCAACCUCCAAUACAAUCUUCGAGUAACCCAACAACCCCACCCGCUUUAACUAGUUCAUACGAGGAUUCCUAUACUCGAGAAAUACUUUAUGGAACUCAUAAUGCCAAUCAACUAAAACCUUAUCAAUUCAACAGUAAAUUAUUUCGAAUAAUAAUAUCUCAGGAUGGAGGGAACUUGCGUACAAAACAGGUUUUGUAUGAUAGUGCCAACGAUGAGAACAAUCAUUAUUCACCAACAAAAUCCCAAUCAUAUUCUUGCUUAAUGCAGCACCAGCAACAACAACAACAACAACAAACGCAAGAUUUUUCAAAUUUUAAGAGGCCAGUCCUGCCUAAAACCAUGAAAACAGGGAAAAUAUACCAUAAUGCGUCUGAUUUGAACGAUUAUAUGUUUGGAUGUGGAUUACCAUCAAAUGAAAACCAUUCUGCCACCAAAUUGCAUGUUUUGCCACCAUUAACCAAUUCAAUGUAUGGACCAUAUCCUGCUGUAUUAAUAACCCGCCUAUUUUCCAUCAGUGAUGGCGAGUUUAUUGAUUCUUCGUUGUUUUCCAACACAGAGACCAAGGAAUGGCAACCCCACCCAGCAUUGACAAUUAAAGAAUCAAGCAUACGGAAAGUCUCCUUAAAAGAUGAUACAUCGAAAAAUAAUAACGUCAACAGUAGAUUUGCUAUUGGAAUAGUGAUCCCAUUGGAGUCAUUAGGUAGUUUGAUAGAUAUUGUGUUUAACAAUUGGCAUGAAAUCAUCCACUAUACCAUAAAUUUUCAAAAACUAAUUUACAAGAAAUUGUUAGUGCAUUUAAACCAAGGUCUUACUUAUGAUAGUACACAUAAUUAUACUGGAUGUCAAUAUUUGAUUAAUAAAAGGAUUCAAUUUCCAAAUUAUAUUUUACAACAUGAUAACGAAAUUGGAAUUCAAUUACUCAAAUUGAUUAAAACUGUACAUUAUAACUAUAAUGUCCCCAAACUCAUCAAUUCAAACACCUUAAUGAAAUCAUCAGUGACAAAAGAUUUGUUUCAAUAUAAUCCAAUGUUGGUUAAUUGGGUAUUGGAGUUGUUAAAUUGGUUAGAAUUCAAGGAUGGGAGAUAUUCGGAUCACUCAAAUUCGUUUUUAGGUAGCCUAUUUGCUAUAUUGACUCCAUUUAAAAAACUGCUAAGCAUGAAACCAUUUUAUAAUUCUUGCUGUGCAAAAAAAGAAGUGACUAGAGUGGUAGUGAUGACUGGAAAUCCAGUAGUUGCCAGAAAAUUGGUUUUCAUAUUGAAUGGAUUAAUACCGAACCUGCAACCAGUCAAAAUAUCAGAAGCAGCAGAUAAUCUACAUGAGAAUACUGUUAAUGGUGGAGAUGAUAUAGUUAAACCAAUAACAAUACGAAAACACUGCCACAGCCAGAAGAUCCAAAACCAGAACCAGAACGAGAGCCAGAGCCAAGAUCACUAUCAUGCAUUACCGCCACAACCAGGUUCGUGCUCGAUAUCAGAAUCUUCUUCCAACAACUCAUUGACAAAAUCAACACCAUCAUUUAAAGGAUGGGAAAUCCCCAAUAAAGGGUCAACUUCAAUUACCAUGGAACCAUGUCAGGUAGAGACAACACUAUCGUCGUCGUGUGCCUCUGGUAUUCCCAUCAGGGGAACAUCAUCUCCUGGAUCCUUAUCAAUGGCAUAUUUGUCUUCGUCUUUAAAUUCGUCAUAUUCCUCUUCCAAUUACUCGUUGAGUAAAUUGGGAGGUUCAUUUAUGGAAAAAUGGAAAAAUUCUUUUGGUAGUGUUAGUAGCACCAGUGGUGCGGCAAUGGGAGGAACAGGGAUAGGAGGAGGAACUUCUGGAAGUAUCAAUAACGGGUUUAGUAACAAUGCUAAUGGUGGCAGUGGGCAAAACUAUACUACAACAACAACAACUGCUAAUAGUGGAUAUUUUGAUGAUGUAUAUAAUUUUAACAAGCGAACAUCGCCAUAUUCAUUGAGAACCCCAUCUCCCGCAGUUGAAUUUGAUGAGUAUAAUUUUUCCUCGACAAAGCCAAUCAAUAUUAUUAAUAAUUCACUUUCAAGUAAUUUCCAACUGCUGCUUUCGAUGACCCCUAGUCGAUUAUCGAGGACUCAAUCGAUGUAUGAUUUAUAUGGUAACAAACCCGCGGGGAUGAUGAACGUUAUGAAUGAAGAAGAAGAUAUGUCAGAGGGAGAGGAUUUACAUCAGAAAAGUGAAUUUAAUAGUAACGCCACCACGAACAACAACGCAGUAACGGGUAUGCUGACACUAGAGCUUAAAAGAACCAAAACCAGUGUGUUUAUCCCCUUAAUACAGGAUAAUAUGAUAAAGAAUAUUUCUGAGCAUAAUCAAAGUUUGAUCAAGGAAAAAUGUAAACUAAUUAUGGAACAUAAACUAAAGAUGAGUGGAGUAAUUGACGAUAAUAUAUUGCAGGUUGAAUCGCCCAGUAUACAUAAAGGCACUAGACAUAAUGAACAUAUUGUUUUCAGAAACAAAACGUUGAUUCCUGUGGUAGCAUUUAGUGACGAGUUCAGACCAGAGUUUAACGUUCAAUCGUGUCCGAUAAAUCCCAAAUUGGAACAACAAGUAAUGACAGGGAUGAAGCAGGAUUUAUUAUUUUAUCAGAACAAUAGUAAUUAUGAUGAAAUCGUAUCACGAACGAUUUUUAUUAGUUUGCGUGCACGAGAGAUCAAAUUGAUUGAAAUGAAUAUCAACAAUAAGGACAAUAAAGGGUUUUCAAUACCCUCUUCACCAUCCAAGCAAAUGGUCAAUAAUGGAACUAUUUCAUCCACAACCAACAAUACAUAUAAAACGAAAAUCAAGAAGAUAUAUACCCCAUCCAAGAACAAUGGUAAUAGAGAAUUGAUAAAUAAAAUUGAGACUGCGUUUAGUGAAAUUGGUCAAUUAUUUGCUAUUCAACAACAAUUAUACCAACAACAUAAUAAUAAUAUCAACAGAACAAACGAUAGUACUUACAACAAUAGUGAGGUCACGAAAAGAGAAUUUCAUGAAAAAUUAUGUAAAUUAGUAUUACAAAUUAUAAAUUAG